AUGGACUAUCCAAUCGAAUUGCAUGAUGAGCAUAAAGAUCUGCUACUAGCUCCAAUACAUGAUAAGCCACUAUUGCCAACUUCGAAAUACUGGCUCAAAAAAUAUAUUGGUUUAAAUACAGAAUUGCGUAAAAAAGCAACAAAUGAAUUUUCAAAGAAUUUCUAUAAGUUUUUAAAUAAUAGUGUAUUUGGUAAAUUGAUGGAAGAUGCUAGAAAGCAUCGCGAUGUACGAAUCGUGACAAAAUUGAAAGGUUGCUAUGGUGCAGAAGCAUUGAUUACGAAACCAAAUUUUUCAGGAUCUUACAUAAUUGGUGAUUUAGCAAUAAUUGAAAUGCGUAGACUGAAAAUUAUUUUAAAUAAACCAAUAUAUUUAGGCUUUAAUAGUUUCAUUUUAGGUGUAACACGUUAUAAUAUUUAUGAAUAUAUGAAAAGAGAUUGGGAAAAAUUCGAUACAUCUGAGUAUUCUCCUGCAAACCCUUGGGACAUUAGGCAGCAUAAUAAAAAAGUAGUUGGCUUGAUGAAAGAUGAAACAAAUGGGGAUAUUUUAUUAGAAUUUAUUGGUUUGCGAGCUAAAAUGUAUGCAUAUCGAGUUCAGCGAGAUAAAAAGUCAUAUGGCUCACGCGCAAAAAGUGUAAAAGGUUCUGCUCUAGGAACAAUAACUUUUGAUGAUUAUAAAAAUUGUCUUUUAAAUAAUGUCAAUAUUGAUCGUAUUCAACGGACGAUACAAUCGAAAAAACAUGAAGUUAAAACCUCUUUAAGUGCUGGUGAUGAUAAGCGACAUCUUAUUGAAGACUCAACUGAUACUCUACCGUGGGGUUACAAAGAAGUAUUUGUUGAUGAGCCAAUGAAAAUUGAAUAA